UGUCCCCGCCCGGCCGCCGUCUCCCGCUGCCCCCCGCCGGCGCGAGCCGCCCGCAGCAUGGCGGGAGCCUCCCCCCCCCCGGGCGGGCGGCGGCGGCUGCGGGACGACGGGCUGCGGACCGCCACCUCCGCCGAGCAGACCAAGGUGGAAGACAUCGUGCAGGAGGUCUUCGACGCCUGCAAGACGAACCAUCACGCCUCGCAAUUCGUCCUGCAGCGGGAGAAGCACUUCCAUUACCUGAAGAGAGGCCUCCGCCAGCUGACCGAAGCCUACGAGUGUCUGGACGCCAGCCGCCCCUGGCUCUGCUACUGGAUCCUGCACAGCUUGGAGCUGCUGGACGAGCCCAUUCCCCAGUCGGUUGCCUCUGACGUCUGCCAGUUCCUGAGCCGCUGCCAGAGCCCCCAAGGCGGCUUCGGGGGGGGGCCCGGCCAGCACCCCCACCUCGCCCCCACCUAUGCCGCCGUCAACGCGCUCUGCAUCAUCGGCACGGAGGAGGCGUUCGGCGUCAUCGACAGGAAGAAGCUGCUGGAGUACCUGCACUCGCUGAAGCAGCCCGACGGCUCCUUCCUCAUGCACGUCGGCGGCGAGGUGGACGUCAGGAGCGCCUACUGCGCCGCCUCCGUGGCCUCGCUGACCAACGUCCUCACGCCCGCGCUCUUCGCCGGGACGGCCGAGUGGAUAGCGAGGUGCCAGAACUGGGAGGGCGGCAUCGGCGGAGUGCCCGGCAUGGAGGCCCACGGCGGUUACACCUUCUGCGGCGUGGCGGCCUUGGUCAUCCUCAAGAAGGAACAUCUGCUGAACCUCCGGAGCUUGCUGCACUGGGUGACCGGCCGGCAAAUGCGCUUCGAGGGCGGCUUCCAGGGCCGCUGCAACAAGCUGGUGGACGGCUGCUACUCCUUCUGGCAAGCCGGCCUCCUGCCCCUGCUCCACCGCGCCCUCCACGCCAGGGGCGACACGGCGCUCAGCAUGGCGCGCUGGAUGUUCGACCAGUCGGCGCUGCAGGAAUACAUCCUCCUGUGCUGCCAGUGCCCGGCCGGGGGGCUGCUCGACAAGCCGGGCAAGUCCCGGGAUUUCUACCACACCUGCUACUGCCUGAGCGGGCUGGCCAUCGCCCAGCACUUCGGCAGCGGCGAUCUCCACCACGAGGUGGUCCUGGGCGUCCCCGAGAACCGCCUGCAGGCCACACACCCCGUCUACAACAUCGCGCCGGAAAAGGUGGUGAGAGCGGUGAUGCACUUCUUGCAGCAGCCCGUGCCCAGCCUGGAGCCGGCGGCCGCUGCCGACUAGGGGUCCCGCUGCCCCCGGACUAU